UCCCGGCUACGCGACCAGGCAAUCAGGGACCGAGCUACCCCGCCACGUGAUGGCCCACACUCUGCACACCCCAAACCCAGCAUCCUCUCCAAUUCUUUACUGUUGGUAAUGCCGCACGGUUUCCUCUCCUUUGCUUUGCCCACCAAAUCCAGACCUCUCUCCCAAGCGUCACAGCCUUGUGUUCAACCACUUGGACACCUCCCUUUGGAGGCCCUAUGUACGCCUCGAACACAUCUCGCUCAGAACUCACCUUCCUACCAAACUCGCCCUUCCUCUCCUACCCUCCCCACCAUCUUCCCAGAUAGCCUAAACCAGAAUCCUGGGAGUCUUAACUGCUCCCUCUUUACAGCCCCUCUCCUGUUAUCUAAUCCUGCUAAUCUUAUCUCCCGAGUAUCUCUGCAACCCACACAUUUGCCUCCAGCUACCCAAUUCCAAUCCUCUCAUCUGGUCUCCCUACGUUCACUUUACGACUCAGCUGCUCUUCCUGUACGGAACAGGCAGUGACCCUUCUAAAACUCAAACUCCUGCUCUAAAGUUUUCAUUGGUUCCCAGGGGCCGUUGGGCCUUCAAAAGACAUUUAUAUUGAUCUGACCACUGACAGUUACUAGAAAUGGUUACCGGUUGGUAGGUUGAGAAAGACUGAGAACCAAGACACCAGAUAACCCCUCAGUCCCUCGAAUUGUGGGAUUCCAGUUAUCCCCUGCUUCCUUAUUAUCGCAAGGCAAGUACAGUCCUCCCCUGGAGGCAGAGACCAGAAAUGCACUUGGAGCCCUGAGAAUGUAGUCUUCUGGAAGCGAGACACACUGGUUUACCUGGAGAGCCUGGCCGGCCCACCUGGACCCGAGGACAUGCCUGCCAUAAUACCGCUCCUGUCAGACUUGCAUCUGGUUUGACGUUUAUACUGCCAGUCACCCUUGGCCCUUUCAGGAAGUUUUCUGGUGUGUGCAGACUGUGAAAGUUCAUCAAGCAUAUGUACUUCUCUGUAUAUAUGUUGUACUUCAAUUAAAACAAAAACAAAAAGUUACAUCACCAGUAAUGAGACAAAUCAGCAUCAUCUACCUAAGAACAACGUGGGAACCUUUCUUGUGAUAUUCCUAUGAAAACCAAAUAACCCGAGUCUCCUCAUGAAGAAACACCCGACAAACCCAGCUGAGGGACAUCCUACUACUAACUGGCCUGUACCCUCUGAUCAUACCAAUGUUGUGAAAGACAAAGACAGAGGAACUGACCAAAGAAAAGGACACUAAAUGGACUGGACAACUGAAUGCAAGAUGGGGAACUGAGGUGGAGAGAAGAGGUCACACGGAAGACUGAAAAGGAGGUGAUAAGAUCAUUCCCCCAUAAGGUGUUACUGCCUCCCAAGGGAGGCAUUUCAUCAGGGACCAUGUCAACUGAGCACUGAAGCUCAACUGGCAAGAUUUCAGACUCCGCAACAGGUUGUGGGGUGAUCAUGGGCAAGAGGCUUUAGAAUCUGCUCACGUUUGCCUAAUAAAUGCAACAGCCACAGGAACUGAAAUUCUAAAAAACUUGGUACUACCAGGUAUUGGUUCAUUUACAAUUAUUGAUGGAAAUCAGGUCAGCGGAGAAGAUGCUGGAAAUAAUUUUUUCCUUCAAAGAAGCAGCAUCGGCAAGAACCGAGCUCAAGCUGCCAUGGAAUUCUUACAAGAAUUAAAUAACGACGUCUCUGGGAGUUUUGUGGAAGAGAGUCCAGAAAACCUUCUAGACAAUGAUCCUUCAUUUUUCUGUAGGUUUACCAUUGUGGUUGCAACUCAGCUUCCUGAAAGUACAUUACUACGUUUAGCAGAUGUCCUCUGGAAUUCCCAAAUCCCUCUUUUGAUCUGUAGGACAUAUGGACUAGUUGGUUAUAUGAGGAUCAUUAUAAAAGAACAUCCAGUAAUAGAAUCUCAUCCAGAUAAUGCAUUAGAGGAUCUACGACUGGAUAAACCAUUUCCUGAACUGAGAGAACAUUUUCAGUCAUAUGAUUUGGAUCAUAUGGAAAAAAAGGACCACAGCCAUACUCCAUGGAUUGUGAUCGUAGCUAAAUAUUUAGCACAGUGGUAUAGUGAAACAAAUGGACGAAUACCUAAAACAUAUAAGGAAAAAGAAGACUUCAGAGAUUUGAUUAGACAAGGAAUUCUAAAGAAUGAAAAUGGGACUCCGGAAGAUGAAGAGAAUUUUGAAGAAGCUAUUAAAAAUGUGAACACAGCACUAAAUACAACUCAGAUCCCAAGCAGUAUUGAAGAUAUAUUUAAUGAUGAUCGCUGCAUAAAUAUCACCAAACAGACUCCAUCAUUUUGGAUUUUAGCUCGCGCCUUAAAAGAAUUUGUGGCCAAAGAGGGUCAAGGAAAUUUACCUGUUCGAGGCACAAUUCCUGAUAUGAUUGCAGAUUCAAGCAAAUAUAUAAAGCUGCAAAAUGUUUACCGUGAAAAAGCAAAGAAAGAUGCUGCUGCUGUGGGUAAUCAUGUUGCCAAAUUGUUGCAGUCUAUCGGCCAGGCACCAGAGUCCAUUUCAGAGAAAGAAUUAAAAUUACUCUGCACCAAUUCUGCAUUUCUUCGAGUGGUAAGAUGUCGAUCCUUAGCUGAAGAAUAUGGCUUGGAUACAAUUAACAAGGAUGAAAUAAUUUCUAGCAUGGACAAUCCCGAUAAUGAGAUAGUAUUAUACUUAAUGUUACGGGCUAUUGAUAGAUUUCAUAAACAACACGGUAGAUAUCCAGGGGUUUCUAACUACCAGGUUGAAGAAGAUAUAGGAAAGCUGAAGUCUUGUCUCACUGGCUUCCUUCAGGAAUAUGGAUUAUCUGUAAUGGUGAAAGAUGAUUAUGUCCAUGAAUUUUGCCGAUAUGGAGCUGCUGAGCCACACACCAUUGCUGCGUUCUUAGGAGGAGCUGCUGCUCAGGAGGUUAUCAAAAUAAUCACCAAACAGUUUGUAAUUUUUAAUAAUACUUACAUCUAUAGUGGCAUGUCACAAACUUCAGCAACUUUCCAGUUGUAGAAUAAGCACCCUAUGUCGUGUGUCAGUGAUUUAAACUGUAAUGGCCUUAAGGUUGUGCUCUAGUCUGUAAAAUUCUGCUGAGGGAGAAGUGUUAAAUUGUUUCCUUAAUAAACAUUGUUCUCAUUUGUAAUAA